UCAUUUCCGGUUUUUAGUUCCUCCAAUCAUUUUGGUCCGAAUUCGUCGACGGUCCUCAUUCAAAACAGUCACCCAGCCCACUACCACACGAUUAUCUCCGACGAAGAAGCUUUUCACUUCACGCAGGCGCUGCUUUCCACAAUGGCAGACGGAGAGGAUGCGGAAUGGGAGCUCUGCAAAGAGAACAUUAAGCCCCUGAGACGAGGAAGGAACAUGUCAGCUUUGCUGGAGGCGCUCAGUCAAACUAAAGAUGGCCCAAGCACUUCCAUCCUCCAACAGAAACAGGCUUUUGAAAAGGAAUUGUGGCUGUACGAUGGAGAUGAUCCACUUGAUGUUUGGGAUCGGUACAUCAAAUGGUCCGAGCAAAUGUUUCCACAGGGAGGAAAGGACAGCAACCUGAGCAAACUGUUGGAACAAGCUGUCACCCGAUUCACAGAUGAAGAGAAGUAUCACAAUGAUCCUCGCUACGUUGACCUCUGGAUCAAAUACGCCCGGUGCUUUUUGGAACGCUUGGACUUUUACAGGUACAUGCAAGCUCAAGGUAUAGGGACUACCAGGGCCGCAUUCUACAUUGCCUGGUCAGAGGAGUAUGAAAACCGUGGCGACUUCCUCAAAGCUGACAUGAUCUACCAGGAAGGACUCAAGAUGUUUGCCCAGCCUAUCGACAAACUUCAGCAGUUUCACAAGAUGCUGCAGUCUCGUGUGUCCCGACAGGUGAUAAAGAAAUUCAGUGAGACUGACAGUGAUUCCGAGCUCGAACAACCUGGGAGAGUCUCUCUUGCUGAACUCAAAACCAGAGGAAAGAAGGCCGUCGUGCCUAAAAACAGAACUGGACCCGCAAUAAAAAGUGUCUCAAAGGGACUGAGUUUACGUGUCCCAACCGUUGGCGAAAGCAGCAGCCACAGCAGCAAUAGUAAGCUGGUGGUCUAUGAUGAGAACAAGGCAGAUGCCGCUCCUUCGGAAACUAAAUUUGAGCCUUGGUUGGCUCCCCCUCCUGCUAAGGCAAAAGAAAAUGAGAAGGUUGUGGAAAAAUGGUGUGAUGUGAAGAUGCGCCAGAAGUCCAGAUUUGGAAACACAAUGAUGGCUCCGCCUCCUACUUUGAAACCCACUUUCCAACCAUAUGUUGAGGAGUCAGAUGAGCUUCCAAAAAUGACGCCGUGCAAGAUCUACCCGACGGUGAACAACGUUUUAUCAGCACGCAAGCCCUGCAGAGAAGAUACUCCUCUGAAAAAACUGCUGGAGCACAAACAGAGACAGAAAGAAGCCGAAUCGGGCAAAGAGUUGGAAAAGAGCAUGUACUGCAAAGAGCUUCUUUUUAGCGGCACCACCGAAUUUUCCUUAGAGGAGUUGCGUGCUGAGCUCUACUCCCAGACAAAGAAGAAUUCAGAGGCGGGCAGCUGCCCUGACAACCCGCCAAGUGACCCGGAGACAAACUGACAAGGCAAAAGUUUCAUUAAGUACACCUUCAAAUUCCGAUGUAUCAAAAGUCAACAUAUUAAUUGCUGCUCAUCCACUGAAGUUACAAAAUACCGAAAAGAAAGUAAUGACUAAUAUUUCUGAAAUAUUUCACAAGCGACUCACUCGUACUUGAUACAAACCAAUACAAGCGCUGUAUCAGAAAUCACAAUCAAGCUUAGUUCAUUUUUAACAAUAUGUUUAUUAUUAAUGGCGCCACGGUACUGUGCUCUCUCUCGUAGUUGUUGUGUCAAACAUACUUGGCCAAUAAAUCAGAUUCUUACUACUGACUUUGUGGCUUGUAGAAGCGUGUUUCUAAAAUUGUGCCUGUCUCAAGUAGUUUAAUAAAUUUACCAAGAUAUUAGAAACCUCUCUUGGUAUGAUGUUGUUUGACAAUGACGAUAAUAAACAUUAUAGUUAAUCCUC